CUGAUUGAACAAGGCUGGUAUUAAUCAGCUCUGCAGUCAACCUCUGGUGCAGUUUGGUGGCUGAGGCUGUGUAUUAUUUGGAUAUAUCUGACGUGCCUUCACACUAGUUCCUGGUACAUUGCUGCUGUGUACAUUAUGUCUCCUGUAACUGUCCACCACAUUAUAUUUAGUACAGCUGUGUGAGGGAGUGAGUGGUGCAGGUCUCAGUGGGAGGGGGCAAAAGCAGUAACAGUGGUCUAUAAAGCCUUUGCCCUCCCUCGUGUUUCCCCCUUAGAAGCAGGUUGAAGGAAGAACACUAGUGUUUUUCCCUCCUCUUUUUCCCUCUUCAAGGACAUCUGUCCUGUCAAGAAAAUGUCCAAAGACCUCCACCCAACCAUGGAUCCCACCAAGAUGGGCCUGGGACGGUCCAUUGCCGUGCUGACUUCAGGAGGAGAUGCCCAAGGCAUGAACGCCGCGGUGAGAGCCACAGUCCGGGUUGGUCUCUACACCGGAGCGAAAGUCUACUUUGUUCAUGAGGGGUACCAAGGCCUGGUGGAUGGAGGCGAAAAUAUUCGGCCGGCGACCUGGGAAAGUGUGUCUAUGAUGCUUCAGCUUGGUGGGACUGUCAUCGGCAGCGCUCGCUGUCAGGACUUCAGGAGCCGAGAGGGUCGAAUGAAGGCCGCGUGCAACCUGGUGAAGCUGGGCAUCACCAACCUUUGUGUGAUCGGAGGUGACGGCAGUCUGACUGGAGCCAACGAGUUCAGGACUGAGUGGAGUGGCCUGCUGGCGGACCUGGUCCAUGCUGGUAAGAUAACAGACCAAGAAGCCAAGAAAUCCUCCCACCUGAACAUUGUUGGCAUGGUCGGCUCUAUUGACAACGAUUUCUGUGGCACCGACAUGACCAUUGGCACGGAUUCUGCCCUCCAUCGUAUCAUCGAGGUGGUUGAUUCCAUCACUACAACUGCUCAGAGCCAUCAGAGGACAUUCAUCUUGGAAGUGAUGGGAAGACACUGUGGGUACCUGGCGCUGGUGACGGCUCUGGCCUGUGGUGCUGAUUGGGUGUUCAUUCCAGAGAUGCCGCCAGAUGAAGGCUGGGAGAACCAUUUAUGCAGGAGGCUGACAGAUCAAAGGGCACGAGGUUCGCGUCUAAACGUGAUCAUUGUGGCCGAAGGGGCGAUGUCCAGAGAUGGCAAACCAAUCACUUCCGACCAGAUCAAAAAGGCAAGCUCUCCUUUAUGUAUUUUGAACUAUAUGAUGCUGGUGACUGACAGGCUCGGCUUUGACACCCGCACCACUAUUCUUGGACAUGUACAGAGAGGAGGAACACCUUCUGCCUUUGACAGAAUCCUGGGAAGCAGGAUGGGUGUGGAAGCUGUGAUGGCGUUGCUGGAGGCCACUCCAGACACUCCUGCUUGUGUCGUCAGCCUGUCUGGAAACCAAGCAGUCAGACUGCCCCUCAUGGAGUGUGUUCAAGUGACCAAAGACGUGACUGCCGCCAUGGCUCAGGGAAGAUUUGAGGAUGCAAUCAAGCUCAGAGGAAAGAGUUUUGAGAAUAACUGGAACACAUACAAGCUGCUGGCUCACAUAAAUCCCCCAGAUGUGAAGAGCAACAUCAAUGUGGCCAUAAUGAACAUCGGAGCCCCGUGUGCUGGAAUGAACUCGGCGGUCCGAGCAGCUGUCAGGAUCGGCAUCAUCCAGGGUCACAACAUGUUGGCUGUCCACGAUGGCUUUGACGGUCUGGCUCAUGGACAGAUUGAACCCAUCACAUGGACUGCAGUGUCUGGCUGGACUGGAAAAGGAGGUUCAAUGUUGGGCACAAAGAGAACUCUUCCAGGAAAAUUGUUGGAGCAAAUCAGCCAGAACAUCGCAAAGUUCAACAUCCAUUCUUUGGUGAUCAUUGGUGGAUUUGAAGCUUAUGUUGGCGGUCUCGAGCUGGUUCAGGCCAGAGAGAAAUAUGAGGAGAUGUGCAUUCCUAUGGUGGUCAUUCCUGCCACCGUGUCCAACAACGUCCCCGGCUCUGACUUCAGCAUUGGUGCUGACACUGCCCUCAACACCAUCACCUCCACUUGUGACAGAAUUAAGCAGUCUGCAGCUGGAACUAAGCGCAGAGUGUUCAUCGUGGAGACCAUGGGUGGGUACUGCGGCUACUUGGCCACCAUGGCCGGCCUGGCUGCCGGAGCCGACGCCGCCUACAUCUACGAGGAAAAAUUCAACAUUAGAGAUCUGGAGGCAAACGUAGAGCACCUUUUGGAGAAGAUGAAGACAACAGUGAAGAGAGGUCUGAUUCUCAGGAAUGAAAACUGCAAUUCCAACUACACCACUGACUUCAUCUUUAGCCUGUACUCGGAGGAGGGGAAAGGAGUCUUUGACUGCCGUAAGAACGUCCUUGGUCACAUGCAGCAGGGCGGCACCCCGACACCCUUCGACAGGAAUUUUGGCACGAAAAUGGGUGCCAAGUCUGUCCUGUGGUUGACAGAUAAGCUCAAGGAGUGUUACAGACAUGGUCGUAUCUUCGCCAACACGCCAGACUCGGCCUGUGUGCUGGGCAUGAGGAAAAGGGCACUCACCUUCCAGCCUCUUGCUGCACUAAAAGGAGACACAGAUUUUGAGCACCGCAUCCCAAAGACGGAGUGGUGGCUGAAAAUCAGGCCCAUCAUGAAGAUCCUGGCCAAGUAUGACAUCAAACUGGACACGUCUGAACACGCUGAUAUUGAGCAUGUGAUCAACAAGAGGACCUCCAGCCGGAAGUAGACUGAGCACAUGGAUGGAAAUGGGCAUUUUAUUUGUAGCAUUGUGAAAAAUAUUCUUCAUGUUCAACUGCUUUGACGUACAUGGAAAAAAAGAUACUGUACCAUGCAGAAAAUUCUAUAUUUGUGGCUAUUUCAGGAACUUUCACAAACUUUGCAAGAUGACUGAAAACAGGCAAUACACCAAUUAAAGUGGUGUUAAAAAACUGCUGAACUUCUGUUGGUUUAUUUGAGAAGAAUUGAUUAUUAUUAAUGAUAGAAACACUUAAAACUGAUGCUUUUAAGAACACAUUUGGUGGUCUUUUAAAGUUAACACUAAACUCAGCGAUAAGUUGUUCAAUCUUAACCAAACGCUUGAAAUAGAUAUCAUCCUCACUCCUUGUUGUAUAACUUCACUUACACUAUUUCAAAGUGCCAAUGUCACACCAAGUCUGGAAUGAGCAGCUAUUAGGAGAAUAAACAACAAUUCUGUUUCUGUUUAUAGUUGUUUUGUGAGCAAGAAUUAACUUUAAAACUAAGUUUGAUGUAACUGAACUAAGAUGUGAAUAAAUAUGAGAAUUGUUAUCCCUAUACCUGUAUUUCUUACAGGUGUGGUAA